GGCGGGUGGGGGGGGGGGGGGGGUGACGGUUUGGUCUGCGCUUCAACAGCGACAGGUGGUCCAUUUCGGGCUGGGCCAACAGAAGGCUUGAUCACGGCCGUUUGGUACAGGUUGACGAGGCGCGACGAAAAUGCUGAAGCGACAAGUAAAUACCUUCGUCCAGGCCAGCGACGACACGCAGGUGAGCAUGAAGAGAUUGAACAGCGUUUACAAAUACGUGCUUGUUGGCCAGGAGCUUUCUGAGAAGCUCCGUGGUCAGAGGAUGCUUCGUUGCAUUUUCUGCGCGAACGAGUGGCAGGGGAACAGGCAUGGGGUGACGCGACAUUUUCGAAGCGUGAAGGGUUGUUCGCAGGUGACCGAUGAAGCUCUUAUGGACAUGCAUUACACGAGUGGGUACGCGUUUGAGGGAAAGUGGUUGGAACGAAUACGCAAGUACGAGGAGCUUCGCAGUGCUUGGGCGGACGAGAGGGGGACUGAUGGGGGUCAGGCUCAAGCUAGGGCGCCGUCCACCACCCCAGUUCGGGCACGAGAACAGGGCGAUGACGUCAUCGAUGUGGAUGGCGAUGGAGAGGGUAGCAAGGCGAGGCGGUUGGCGGAGGACAUGAAGGCGGUUGUUGCACCGCUAGAGGAUGGAUUGGCGGACCAGAUUUUCAGGUACGUGCAAGAGCACGUCGGUUAUAUGUGUGAGCCUGCACAUGCUGCGGCGUACCUUCUCUGUCCGAUGAGGAGGUCAAUGCAAUAUUACAAUGGCGUGGUGACCGAUGAGGACAAAUGGCUUGUGAGGGAGGCAGAGCGGUACAUUCUGUCGCAGACUGGGUUUGAUGAGCGGCGCAAGGAGUACCGAGACGCUGUGUUGCAGCUGCGAGACUUUCAUAUGCGUACAUCGACUUGCUCCUGGGGAGGGGAGCGGGCACGCACCGCUGCGGAGAUGUGUGUUGGGGAGCAGGAGACCGUUGAGUGCGGUCUUUGGUGGUCAAAGGACCGGAACUGGGCCAUCUAUGAGAGUGUUCAGAUGAAGAAGCGUAACAAGUUGUUGUUCCUGAAGGUCGUGAAGUUGGUCGAGAUCGCGGCCAACACGCGACUUUUGGCUCUUCAGAGCGCCGGUGGCGGUUUGGUUCUUCCGUGGACUCAGGACGAGUCCAUGUUGGAUGGCGAGGGUGGCCUGGAGGCAGACGCUGUCUGCGAGGGGGUGGACCACAACAUACCGGAGGAGGACCGUGAUGCGCGGGCGCAGUUAUGGAGGCGGGAUGCUUGUGGGUCACAGCCACCGCCUCCUGUGGAGGAUGUGUUUGGGAGAUGGGACACCACUUUGAGGCUGUACCUGAGAGAUGACUCGAGUGGAGAUGAGCGCAAGGAGAUAGGUGAGGGAUUUCGCCCCCACGGCGCUGACGGUUCCCCACUUGCAGAGGGCGGCGAUGGCGUGUGGAGUGACCCUGAGGAGGUUCGCCGGCGUAGCGGCGGCAGAGAUUUGUUCGAGGACACAGCGAGGGGCAGGACUGGUGUUGAGGGAUGCUGGGACGAAUCAGGGAGCCCUCGUGCCUGAUCGCCCCCCGUGCAGGUUGGGCGCACCUCAACUCCGCCCACACAAGGGCCAGAGGGUGACGCCAAGGAUUCAGAGGGACGUGGCGGGGGUGUGAGGCUUUAGCGACUUAGAAAGGGUCCGAAGCAGGGUUGUCGAGCCCCGGACCCGGGGCCCCGGCGGGGGUUCUGGGGGCCGGGGGUCGGCACCCCUGGCCCCGACAAAAAAAGUAAAAAAAAAAAAAAAAAAAAAACAAAAAAAAAUAAAAAAAAAAAAAAAAAAAAAAAAAAAAAAAAAAAAAAAAAAACAAACGAAAGGCCCGAAG